UAGAGUCAGUUGGGUCUGAGACCGUACAGGAAACACCACGUGUCUCAGGUGCGUUGCGUCGGCCGAAACGCGCUCGCUUCGACAAAUACGGGAAAGAGAAAUUGCAGGCAGAAAAAUAUAGUAAAAAGGCGGAGCGGGAGAUUUGAAAACGCGGAAAAGUUCGAUCGAAGAAAUUCCAUUAGGAGAUUCAAGAUGGGAUUUAAGGUAAAGUGAACGUAAUCGGCCCGCUGUCAAUUAAAAUUAGACCUGAUACCGACACCGAAUUCUACACUCCAAUGUGCACAACGUAUUGAUCCGGUAACUUACAGGUUCGGAACGUGCAGCAAUUCGCAACAAGCUUCCGCGAUUUAUUGCGCAGAUUAUUAUCUCCGUAAACGAGCUCACAAUCAGUGAUGUUGUACGCCGCUUGAUCGUUACGAGCGAGAAAUAUUUGUUUAUCUUCGAGAUUGGUCAGAUAUAAGAUACAUCUAUCAGUGAAAUUGCUACGACCGCACGCGACCUUCCGGCAUAAGCAAAGCAGACGACGGGAUGGAAAAAAAUUGAAAAUAAAAAAGCAACGUAGAUUGGUGGGAGUCUUUGGAUGGUGAAAAGUUGACGAAAAAUGGUUUCGGAAUAUUCUCAAAGUCUGUGAUUGAUGCGCGGAUAAAGUUGCUAUUUUUUAAAAGACAAUUUAUUCGUCUACGUAAGUGAUUAAAUUUCUUGCAAACGCCGCUGUGAGUGAUCGAAAUACGAAACGAUGUGUGAUUAAGUUUGUGUCGUUUGAAGAUCAGGCGGUGACAGGAUAAAACUGACGAUUUGUUUUUCUCAUUUGCAUUCUCUCGUUAAAUAACUAUACGUUAUACCCCGGAGGUCCGUGAACGAAUUUGAAUAAUCGUAAAGAUGGAGUUCAACUUCAACGUCAACAAGCUCUUGCCGAAGAAAAUCAACAAGAUAUCGCAAAGGCUGAUGCUCGAGGAGUUUAGGGGUGAUCGUCACGAGUUUGCGGAAUGCCAGAGACAACUCACCAGGAUUCUAGACGACAUGGGCGAGGCCUCGGCGAAAGCUCAGGGUCUCAGCAAGACCAUCACCAGCGCCCAAAAGCUCAGGGAUACGGACCAUUUGGUCUACCUUCUCGUCGACAGCGAUGCCAAUCAGGGCAAAGGGUCCGUGGUUGGCCUUCUGAAGACCGGCUCGAAGAAUCUCUUCAUGUUCGACGAGACGGGGUUGCAUUAUCAGCUUCAGCCACGUUGCGUGCUCGAUUUUUACGUCCAUGAAUCCAGGCAGCGGACGGGCUGCGGUAAUCUUCUGUAUCAGCACAUGCUUGCUGAGGAAAAAAUCACUCCUUUAAAACUGGCCAUUGACAGACCUUCGGAAAAAUUUUUGGCUUUUCUUCGAAAGCAUUACGGUCUCACCAAGAUCAUUCCACAGAACAACAAAUUCGUUGUGUUUCACGGAUUCUUCGACGAUGAAGUUCAAGACACCAGGAUCAGCAGGUAUGGCUCAUCCCCUGGAAAAGGCUUCGACAGUCCUUCGCCCAACAACAACAGCAACGACUCCAGCGUAAAUGGAUCGGCUUCCAGGAGUUCCUAUGGAAGAUACGCCGCGGCUCGUCCAGCAUGUUCCAUGGGCAACAUCAUACACAAUACGGCUGUCUUGGGACAACCAGCUGAGCGAACAGGCAGCGUCUUCAUUCCCUCGUUUUCGACCCCGAAGCCGGAGCGACCGCGCUCCUUGUCCCUCUACUCUGAGGAGGAACAGAAACAGCGGACCACCGAAAUGUCAACGGUUCCAACACCGGCGAUACCGGAACACCAGCCAACCCCCUUCGUCCCGAUUUUACUCGAGGCGGAGCGGGCAGAGAGGGAAAGAAACGCCUCUGUAAAGACGUCGCCUUCGCCGUCUUGCUCCCAGGAGGUCGGAGGCAGCGAAGCGGCUCAUCUCGACUUGAAAUUCUAUCAUUCCCCUCUAUGGUAGAGAGACGCAGUGAUAUUCAGCUGACAACGAGACGUGUAACCGUAUUUAAAAAUUAAACCGUAUACCAAUUUCGGUGAAAAAGAAUAAUGAAAAUUACUCGCGACGUGAGUUGUCGAUACUGAAAAUUCAUUAUUCCGAUUGGGAAUUCGGCACAAGACUUCGAAUAUAAUUGUUUGUGUCAAAUAAAUUAUAGGCAUCGUAUUGUGGGCUAAUGAAUUUUAAACGUUGGCAUAAAAUCAAUAUGGCCGACGUUUACCACUCCACUUGCGGUUUUAUUUUUACUUUACAAUCAGUUCUAAGACUCGAUUAUCAUCGCACCAUGUUCAAUGUCAAAGAAAAUAACGGCAAGAAGAGUUUGGUUAUGGUUAGAUCAUCAAUGAGGGAUCUGAACAGGGAAAAUUCAGUUUUGAAAAUUCAAUUCUACGGGUACGUGUCAAUACUUAGUCCAAACGGAACGCAGAAAAAAUCCAGUGAAAUGAAAUCCGCGUUACGAAAAAUGUCUGGGGAAGUAAUAAAUUCUCAAGUUCUGAAUGGCAAUCUUAUAUCUUGAAUACAAAGAUGUAAACCGUGGUAUCAGUUGUACCUACACCAUGUACAACAGAUUUUACCCGAAGAACUGUAGGAUGUUGAUUAAAACCACGAGACGAGUCUGAAUUUAUCUUUCACCAAUCAGAUGCAGCUUAGCUUUCAUUGCUUUGUUUUUAGGGUGAAAUGUUGCUCAGAAUCAGUUGUAGAUAAGAAAUUGAUGCUUAGAGUUUUUAGCGCGAGCUUUAUAGCCCUCGAUAGAUGAACCUAUAUAGGUAUAGAUUCAUAAUAUUGGUAGAUCCACUGCAAUUAUUGGAGCUACACUAACACGCGACGUACGUAGACCAUAAUAUAGCACACCACCGUAUUGUUAAUGAGAUAGUGAAAUAGGUAUUAUCGUUCGAAUACAUAGCCUAAUACAUACCUUGAAGAAAAAAAUUAGGAACAAUAGAUAAGAUACUGCGAUUAGAACAAUGGUAAUUAUCAUCCCAAUCUGAUAUUCUCUGUAGAAAAA